AUGUCAUUUCUUGAAAAAAGUCUACUUUUCCAAGAUUUCCUUUUUGUAGCCAAUUAUUCAGAGGAAGGAAGUUUAAAAGUUGAUGUAAGACAUCUUCAAAAAACGAAAGAUUCUGAAAAAGAUCCGAAAUGGAUGCAAUAUGACACAAUUUCCCUUGCUUUGAAUUUGUCGCAGUCAAAUCUAUCAACGAUAAGGGGCCCAGUUUUACUGUUUGAAAAUGUUGAAGAUAGUCUCUCGGGGAUAGUGCGACCCACUUUGUUGAUUCAUUUUUGUGGGGAUUCUCUGAGACAAUCAUUUGCCUAUAUCUUAGUGCUCAUUAAAGACAAAACAUCAAGUGAUCAUGAAAAGUGCACAUGGAAGAUUAAGCCAAUUAAAAAACUCAAAACAACUUUAGAUAAAGACCCCAAAAACUUAAAUUUUGUGAAUCAAUGCAGUUUUAUUUACUCCCGAAAUGAACGGUUGUAUUUUUGUGAUGAAGAAGGGGAACAUACGAUUUCUUUUACUAAAGACAAAAACGUUCAGAACAUUAUUUGCAUGGCAUCUAAAAAAUGCCAAGGAACAAGUAUUUUGCUUGGAGCGAGUGCCUUUUUGGAUGACAAAAAUAUUUCAGAUGAUCAAGAUUUGCAAUAUAGAAUAUUUGCAUUGAAAAAGCCUAAAUUCUGUAAAAAUGAGAAACUGUUUGAAGUUUUAGACCCUACUUUAUUUUUGUCUGAUGAUUAUGCUUCUUGUAUUACACGAAUCUAUAUCCAUUUUGUUGAAGAGAUUUGCCAUAAUGUUAUAAAUACACAUGGACAGGUAGAAAAGCAUCCUUCAACAUAUCAAUCGCAUAUUUUCUUGAUUCUCAAUCAUGGGUAUUUACUCGAAUUUGCAAACGGUCGACUGAAGACGUCGUUGUAUCUAGUGAAUAUUUAUCGCGAGCUAAACAUCUUGGAAUAUAACGAAGAUGACAAUAGUUUGAACUUUGAUAUUUCCUCCUCUAUUAUCAGAGCUGCCAUAGAUUUGGAUAAGAAUAGAAAGAUGAUAAUUUUACAACAUGAUAAAGUUUGUAUUGCUGUUGAUACACAGACAGAGAAGGUUCACCAGUAUUGGCAAGAUAUUAACUAUGUUUUAAUAGAUGAUGUUUUAAAGAAAGGAAGAGAUCAGUUGUUACUUGUCAGUCAUCCUCAAUGGUAUCUGACUGAUUUUAACACAGUGUAUAUAGACUAUCUCAAUGAUGAGCCUGAUCCUAUGAUGUGUGAAGAUGAUGGUGAUAACUCAGCGACUGCUAGAAAUGCUCUUCAACAGCAAUUGACUAGAAUGAGUUUAUCAGUAGAACAAGCUGAGAGAAGAUUGAAAGAGAAGAUAGAGUUUGUACAGUCUAAUUUAUCAAGAUUACAGAAAACGGCUUCCAAACCUCGGUCUUUACUAGGGAAUCCAGGUAUAAAUGAGAAAAACAAGGAGAUAUUUAAGGUGGAAAUAAAAAAGAAAUGGUAUAAAGUAAUUAAUGAUUGUUUAGUUAUUGGUCUUCACGUUAUCAACACAUCUUCACACUCCAUAUCCAACCUUUCUUUAUCCAUAACCUGUGGAGAUUCAUUCAAUAUUUUCAAAUCUUCUUCAAAACAAUUUGACAAUGAUACUAUCAACUCUACUAGAAGCUCUGCAACUUCCAAAAGCACUGAACAACAAACACUGAAGAAAAUAAAACUCUUGGUUCCAGGGGAUCAAUGUUCUGAUGGCACCCUAGCCCCUAAAGAUGAAACUGUUUUGACAGGAUAUUUUGAAAUUUCACAAUUAUCAGACGCAAUUAAAGGGCAGGUAACUCUGUCUCUAUAUCUGCAUUUUUCACCCUGGGAAAAGGAAGAUGUAAAAGAAUUUUGUAUUCAAAAUGGUGGAAAAAUUCAGAUGAAUUUUAAAGAAUUUUUUGAUAAUUCUUUCACUGAAUCCAUAGUAACAAUUCCAACUUUUGAUAAAAAUUCAGGACAGAACUUACAUCAUGGCUUACUGUGUUUAAACACCAUUCAACACUGUUUUAAACUGGUUUUACAUACCAAAUACGGUUACAUUAAUCUGAUAGCUGAUUGGUUGAAGAAGAUUCCUGGUUUAGUUUACUAUGAAUAUUAUAAUUGUUAUAUGUUUACUCUGUCUGGAGCACUGUAUUUAUGUAGAAUGGAAGUUGAUCUGAAAUCAGAUUUUAAACAUGUACAGGUUAAACUUUAUGCAAGGAGCAGGAAGCAAUUCGAGUUAUUUAAGAACUUUAUUUCAUCUUAUCUACCACAGAACGUGUCAUAUAAACUAACAGCCAAUCAGAAUCAAGAGUUUUUGAUUCAAAAAUUCCUGACAUGUGCGUCUGAGGAGAUUAAAACUGGACUAGAAUUCAGCCAAUUGUCUCACAACCCUGUUAAAGACGAUGGCAUCUUUGAAGUCGAUUUCCAUAAGCAAGAAAAUGUAUUUAAAUUCCACGCUGCUUUUGAUAAAGAAAAGAAAGAACUGUGUCAGGCCAAACAGACGGCCAUGUUUUUAGAAAGUGAUAAAGGCACGCUGAAGAAGUUAAAAGAUUGUGAGAAGGAGACAGAUUCCAUUGUUGAAAAAAUAGGAAUAAAAAAUAUAUGA